AUGAAGAAGCGACGCAUAACCAGCUCAGCUGGAGACAUGGAUGAAGAUGAAGUUCCCAAGAUCCCAACUCGUUUUGGCUUCCGCAUUGCGUUGCGAACAGAAGCACGCGUUUGCCACGCGGCGCGGCAAGUCGAAGAUUUGCUGCCACUGGCGGCGCUAAUUGCUGGAUUCGGAAUGAUCGGCGCAUGCGCAGCGGUCGGCUAUUCCUACACGAGAUUCGAGGGUCCGGUGGCGGGACCGGAGCACCUGGUCACCGUCCACGAGGGAGGCACCACAAACGUGGACUAUGUGGCCCGGCCCGAGUACAGCUUCGCCUAUGGCGUCGAGGAUGGCAAGUCGCGCGUGCUGCAGAAUCGCAAGGAGACGCGAUUUGGCGACGAGGUGCGCGGCGUCUACAGCGUAGUCGAUCCGGAUGGCACCUUGCGUGUGGUUAAAUACACGGCCGACGAUGCCAACGGCUUUCAAGCGGAGGUGAUUACGAACGGUGUGAAAACUCUGCACGGCCAUGGAGCGGAGGGGGAUGCGGGUGGCGGUACGGUGGACAACCAGGUGAGGCACGACAGCUCCGAGGCCCAAGGAACGGCGGGGGAGGAAGAGGAGGAGGAGGAGCAGGAGGAGGAGGCGCCUCAUGGAGCUCCUCACCAGGGAAAUGGGCAGUACAAAGUGCACGAGGAUUACGACGCGGGCGGUGGCAAGGGGGAAAAGGACGAAGAGGGGGAGGAGGGAGAAGAGGACGGGGACCACCAGGAGUACGAGGGCAGCAGCGAGGAAGGAUAUGUCGAAGCCGAUGCUCACAGUCAGCAGGAGGAGUCCAGCAGCGAGGAUUACUAG